GCGCUCACUCUAUGGUCGUGGUGGCGGCGGCGGCGGCGGCCGGUGGCGCGCGCUUGCCCGUUGGUGCUGCGGUCGUUGGGCGGCGCGGGGCGGCCGUUGGGCGGCGGGGAAGGCUGCGGGGAAGGCUGCGGGCCGCGUGCGGCCAUGCCGCUGUCCACACAGCCGCCCGCCAGCGGCGAGCGCUACGUGCUGACGGCCAGCCUGGACAACGCGCGCAACCUCUCCAGCCUGCUCCGGGCCGUGCACUUCCAGGACCACGCGACCUGCUUCGCCACGGCCAAUGGCAUCCGGGUGACGGUGGAGGACGCCAAGUGCCUGCAGGCCAACGCCUUCAUCCAGGCAGAAAUUUUUCAAGAGUUUGCUGUUCAGGAGGAAUCUGUGAUGUUCCGGAUCAAUUUGGCUGUUCUUCUCGACUGCUUGACCAUUUUUGGUGCAAGUUCUUUGCCAGGAACAUCAACAGCUCUUAAGAUGUGUUAUCGUGGUUAUGGCUAUCCCUUGAUGCUGUUCUUAGAAGAAGGAGGAGUGGUGACAGUGUGCAAAAUUAACACUCAAGAACCUGAGGAGUUGUUAGACUUUGAUUUCUGCAGCACAAAUGUUGUUAAUAAAAUUAUCCUGCAGUCAGAGGGGCUACGAGAAGCAUUUGCUGAAUUGGAUAUGACCAGUGAAGUUCUGCAGAUUACCAUGUCUCCAGACAAACCAUAUUUCAGGUUAUCGACUUUUGGAAAUGCAGGAAGUGCACACCUCGACUAUCCCAAGGACUCUGAUUUGAUGGAAGCGUUCCACUGUAAUGAAACCCAGACAAACAGGUAUAAGAUUUCUUUGCUUAAACCAUCUACAAAGGCACUAGCUCUAUCUUGUAAAGUGUCCAUUCGAACAGAUACUCGAGGAUUUCUUUCACUGCAAUAUAUGAUUAGGAAUGAAGAUGGACAGAUCUGUUUUGUAGAAUAUUACUGUUGCCCUGAUGAAGAUGUUACUGAAGCACACUUGUAGCUGUGUGUUUUGGAGUCUGUAUUUUAUUUAUGUAUAUAUAAAAUUAUGUAUUUUUAUAGAACUGAAUGAAAGUUGUAAAGACUGAUAGCCUUGAUAUUGACAUUUUUUUUUUAAAUGUGGAAUUAAAAGUAUAAAGACUUCUCUUGUAUUCUCCUGCAAAUGUUUCUUAGCCUGGACCCAGAAAAAUUAGUUCUAAGAGUGAAAAGGGUCUGUUGAACCAGAUACAGACUCUGCAAGAGACUGAAGUGUUCCAGCUUGCUGCUGUGAGUUGUGAUCCGGAGAGUCAGUGAUCCAUGGGUCAUUCCUACAGUUUUAGAUUGUAGCUGAGCUUUGCUGUUUGUCAGAAGAUGAGGUCCUGCCUUGCACACUUGGGAAACAGUAUGUUUGUACGCCAGCAAAUUGAUUGCUGCACAAUUUAGUAGUAUCCAAAUCUUCUAGGUUUAUUUUGAGUUAAAAAUGCUUUUGUUGACCAUUGUUCACCUCUUGCUUAUGUCAGCAAUUCAUUUAGCCAUUCAUUUUCACUGUCUUCUGUGUAGAUCAUUUGUGGCAAUAAAUUUUAUAUUUAAAAAGAA